GGGGGGAAGACUUUAGCCUUCCGGUCAUUUUUCUCGUCAUUUCCGGCUUCUUCUUUCCAUAUACUCUGCACAUGCAAUCUGUUUGAAAGGCUGGUUCUGCUUUGUUGUAGAGGAGUCUAUCAAUGGAGAACCAUCACCUGCAUCUCCAAGACAGAGAAAUCCAGUCCGCGCAUCCCAACUCCCCCCACUCCACCACCAGUGGCAGCUGCAUCAGCAACAACAACGGAGCAACAGCAGCAGCAGCUACUGCUGGUUUAGCUCCUCCGCCACCACCUCUAACUCCGAAACCCCUCUCAAGAUCCACCGAUUCCAAUCCGUACCCCACCACCUUCAUCCAGGCUGAUACCUCCUCCUUCAAGCAAGUGGUCCAGAUGCUGACCGGCUCCGCCGAGACUACCGCGAAGCACGUAGCGUCGGCUGCAGCGCCUGCCAAGAACCCACUUUCGCCGCCAACAGUCGCCAAGUCCGCCACCGCCCCAAAGAAGCCGGCUUUCAAGCUCUACGAGCGCCGCGGCAGCCUCAAGAAUCUCAAGAUGAUCGGCCCUCUGAUACCGACCUUGCUGGGCUCCAACCCCAGCUCCCCCGUGGGCAACGGCAAGCCGUUCUCGCCGUCCCGAAACCAGAUGCCAGAGAUCUUGUCCCCCAGCGUGUUGGACUUCCCUUCGCUGGCUCUUAGCCCCGUCACACCGCUGAUCCCCGACCCCUUCAACCGACCACCGCACCCGAAUCCAGCUGCGGGGAUGUCAGCCGAGGACCGGGCCAUCGCCGAGAAGGGGUUCUACCUGCACCCGUCACCGAGGACCACGCCAAGAGAUGCGCAGCCACCGCGACUGUUGCCUCUAUUUCCCGUCACCUCGCCGAAAAUGUCAUCCGCUUCAGCCGCUGCUGGUUCUUCUACCUGAUGCUUCGUUUGGUACUCAGAAGACUAGGAUGAAUUGUGGACUUGGUUUCUUUCCCUUGGUUAAUUUAGCUGCUGCUGUCGUUUCUUUGUGUGUGUGGGAGGGAGAAGGCACUGUUGGCGGAAAUCUGUCUGCUUCAUGUGCAGAAAUUUGAGCUCUUUCCAUGACCUCGGUUCUUGUGAUCUCUCUGUGAUGCAAACGGACCAGGGUCUGAGAGCAAAGCAAGCCAAAACCUUGAGUAAUAAAAGUUAUGAAGUAGAAAUUUCAAUCAUAUUUCAGAUGAUA